UUUGGGUUGAGCCAAUUCGAUCUGCCGACGGACCGUAUUUAUUUAUUCUUUAAUUCCAUUCAGCUUAGCCUAAAUCACAAGAACGAUUAAUGAGUGACUUUCUGUCAUAUGGAACUAGGCUAUAUCGAAUUUUAGGAAUUUAGACUAUCGGGAUUCAAGUAUUAAUCAUGUUGCGGACCGCCCGAAAUUUGUUGAGAUGUACGGGGCGGCACUUGUCCGACGUCGGGAGAUCUCCGGUGGAGAAGGCGGUGAAGAACCGCUUGGUUGCCUUCAAGCGACCGUGCUCAACAUUAACAACCGGUGCUGUUGAUAUUGAGGGCAGCGGAACACCACGGAGAGCUGUGUUGUAUGUGCCAGGUCAUAGUGAGAAGAUGUUGAAUAAAUUGACUGAUCUUAAAGUCGACUGUGCUGUUAUGGAAUGUGAAGAUGGGGUUGCAAUCAACAAAAAGGCUGAAGCUCGAGAGACUGUUUGCCGGAUGCUGGAUUCCUUGGAGCUAUCACUUGUCACUGACGUCGCAGUAAGGAUCAACUCCAUGGAAAGUGGAUUUGCAGAAGAUGACCUGACAACAAUCCUCAAGGCUCAAAGACUACCAGAUACCAUCUUCUUUCCCAAAGUGGAUUCGGUAGAACAUAUCUAUUGGCUGGUGAGACAACUGAAGUCAAACCUGAGAGACAGAGACGUGACUACACCUAUUAAGAUCAUCAUCUAUGCAGAGAGUGCUAUAGCAUUGUUGAGACUACCUGAGAUCAUCAGUGAGGCCUUAGAACUGUUUGACUCUGAGCCAUUCUCUUUGGAUGGUGUGGUGUUCGGAUCCGAUGAUUACUGCGCUAAUAUUGGAGCAACUCGGACUCCAGAUGGCAAAGAACUCCUGUAUGCAAGACAGAAGGUGGUGUCUGUAGCAAAGGCUUUUGGACUUCAGGCGAUUGAUAUGGUACACAUUGAUGUUAAAGAUCAAGAUGGUCUACAAAAGUAUUCAAAAGAAGGUGCAAUGAUGGGCUUCACUGGUAAACAGGUCAUUCAUCCUAGUCAAGUACCUAUAGUCCAACAAUCCUUCAGUCCCAGCCCUGACCGUGUAGAGUGGGCAACACAACUCUUAGCUGGAUUUCAACAACAUCAAGAAACUGGUCAGGGAGCAUUCAUGUUCAGAGGAAGUAUGAUCGACAUGCCCCUUGUGUUACAAGCAAAAAACAUCAUGGAACUGGCCAAGAUAGAUGACCCAUCGGCGAGCUGACCAGGGUGCGUUCACAUUCUUUGAUGGUCAGGAUUGAUGGUCUUACAAGAAACAUUAUUGUGGAGUUUACAAAUCAAGAUUGCCCGUGUAACAGCUGACCAGGAUGUGUUUAUACUCAAAGUGAGGAUUAUUGACAUGUCUGUCCUGUUCAAAGCGAAAGAUAUAACUGGAGUGCAUUCUUAUUCUAAGACAAGUGCGAUCGACGUUGUCUUAAGCAAUAACAACUAACACCUAUUGGAUGUAGCCCAGAUAUAUAACCUUUCCAUGUGUAUGAGCUGAUCAGGGUGUGUUCACAUGUAAGGACGAUGUGAUUGACAUUGUUCUGUAACAAGAAAAAAAAUGUGGAGUUUCGCAAGGUGGACAUAAUGUAUAUUGUCCAUGCAGAAGUGGGUGCAUUCACAUUCUAAGAGUAUGUUUGCUUUUAGUCUUGAAUAGUAGGAAAUUUA